AUGCGGCUGAAGGUCCUUCUUCUGGGGGCAUUUGUAUCCCAGAUCGAGGCGGCCCAAUCGAAUGUAUCAUAUACGGAACUUUACCGUCCUCAGUACCAUUACACCCCGGCGCGAAACUGGAUUAAUGACCCCAAUGGUCUGGUGUAUGCUGAUGGUACCUACCAUAUGUAUUACCAGUAUAAUCCAGGUGGGGACACUUGGGGAGCAAUGUCCUGGGGCCAUGCCUCCAGUAAGGAUCUUACUCAUUGGAAGGAACAGCCUGUUGCGCUUCUCGCGCGAGGAUAUCCCGAUAAUAUUACCGAAAUGUUUUUCUCUGGAAGUGUCGUCAUCGACCAAAACAAUACCAGUGGCUUUGGUAACAAGGGAGAUGCUCCAUGGGUCGCCAUGUAUACAUCCUAUUACCCGUUACAGCAAGUCUUGCCUAGUGGGAAGCAAGUUCGCGACCAACAGCAAGCGCAGUCCAUUGCCUAUAGCCUCGAUCAUGGGGCAACGUGGACUACCUACGAUGAGCACAACCCUAUCAUCUUAGAUCCGCCUGCUCCAUACCAGGACCAGUAUCUUGACUUCCGGGAUCCUAAUAUCUUUUGGUAUCAACCUAUUAAAAAAUGGGUGGCUGUUAUCUCGCUUGCAAAACUUCAUAAGCUCCUUAUAUAUACAUCCCCAAAUCUCAGGCAAUGGAGCUUGGAGAGUGAGUUUGGGCCUUUCAAUGCUGUUGGAGGUGUGUGGGAGUGUCCGAAUCUUUUCCCGCUGCCUCUCGAUGGAGAUGAAUCAAAGGUCAAAUGGGUCGCUAUUGUUGGUCUCAAUCCUGGAGGCCCUCCUGGGACUGUUGGUUCGGGAAUCCAGUACUUUGUGGGUGACUUCAACGGGUCAACAUUUACGCCGGACUUAAACAGUAUCCAUGGUGGGGAUAAAGAUUCAGAGAGAACCCGUUCUUUUGCCAACUCUCCCGCCACGGAUGAUAACGCAAACUGGUUGGACUGGGGCCCAGACUUCUACGCCGCUCAAGCUUACAAUGGCCUCCCCCAGGAUCAACGGACGAUCAUCUCCUGGAUGAAUAACUGGCAGUACGGGGCGACAAUACCAACAAGCCCUUGGCGCAGUGCAAUGUCCAUUCCUCGUCAACUUUCGUUGAAAACAAUCGAUCAGAAGAUAGCAGUGGUUCAAGAGCCUAAAGAAAGCUGGAAGGCUAUUACUGAGGCUGGAAACGUAUCAACAGUCCCUUCCGUGACUGGUGUCCACAGACUGGGCGAGAUCGGGAAAGCAGUCGACAUUCAGUUAACUUUCCCCAGCAGGGAGGCAGCAACCAAUGGAAGCUCGGAGUUUGGAAUCAUUGUUCGAGCCUCUGAGGAUUUCAGUCAGCAGACACGAGUAGGAUAUGACUUCGCCACCCAGCAGGUGUUCAUCAAUCGAACGAUAUCGGGAGACGUCUCAUUUGACAGCACAUUCGCAAGUGCUUACUAUGCUCCUCUUUCCCCAGCCACAGAUAACACUGUAACCUUGCAUAUCUUUGUUGAUUGGUCAAGUGUGGAGGUCUUUGGGGGUCAAGGACAAACCACCAUCACAACACAAAUCUUUCCUUCUGACAAUGCCACAUAUGCGCAGCUUUUCUCUACUGGGGGGAGCACUAACAAUGUCCAACUUAGUAUAAGCAAAGUACGUUCUACGUGGACAUAG